UCGCGGCCCUGCAGCCUCGUCAGGCUCAGUCCCCUCCCGAUAAACCCCUAAAUAGGGACCUUCCCGGGGGGCGACCCUGGCUUUUUGGGCGAAGACCCCCGGUUUAAGGAGGCCUCCCUCCUGGCUUCACGUAGCGGAGGCGAAAGGAACCUUGCGGCGGAGAAUGAGGGAGCGCGUGACGCGGACCCGAGGAAAAGCCUGCCCAGCGGGGUUUCGGGGAGCUCAGCCCCGGCCGGCGCCGCAGGGACGGCGCUUCCGCCGGGUCUCAGUGAAACCCCAUCGCUUCGGCCGCUUUUUCCUUCUCAGGUCUCGUCACGUGGCGGCCCUCCUUUAUUUCAAAGAAUUGAAUGGCUUGCACGCCCCGGCGUUCUGGAUCGAGGGCAGCCUGGCGGCGAGCGGAGGAAGAGGCGCGGCCGGGCCGGCGUCCCGCGGGGCCCCGGGGUGCUCGCCAAGCGGGGCCCCAGCCGGCGAAAGCGGGGCGCGCGGAGCCGCCGCUGCGCCCCGCCACUCGCCGUCAAGGGGUCGGGGGGCUUGAGCGGGAAAACGGGCUUUUCAAACGCCCCGCUCCAGGGCUCUCUGCGAGCGGCGCCGCGUUUCCUGGCAGGUAGGGCGAGCAACGCGGGCGCUCAGUUCCCAGGGCUUUGUGGAGCCGAGACACUGCGUUACGUGGCCGGAUACGCCCUGUGGGUUGUCUUUUUUUUUUUUUUUUUUUUUAAUAGCGCCCCACAAUCUUCACGUUUCCCUGGAAUAAAAAAAUUCUAAGCCUCGGCAGAAGGGUGAUUUCUGAAACGACCAGCUGCUGACUGUUUUCUGUGGCAAAUUAGGAGAAAAACCAAGUGCAUAUUGUGUCCAUUAAAUCUAGACACAAUUUAGGAUGUGCUAUCUGAACGCCACCUUCAAAGUUUACUCUUAAAGUUUGUGUAACAACGAGCUGACUUUGCAAAAGAGUGAGUAAGUCGGAAUUGCCGAACGAGAAUCUUUCCCUGAAAAAAAUCCUCCCUGCGAGGCGAUUUCAGCAGGCGACCUCCGUUAGGUGGGACUGACACUUCCCUGCAAACACCCUUGUAGACGGGUCCCGCGGAGGGCAAGAGCAGACGCGCAGCAGAAGAAUCUUUUGUGCCUGUGUUUGAUUUUCCGGAAGGCAGGUGACAAGCACACAUUCUCUUCUACACGGGUGUUUCUUCCUGCCGGUUAAACGUUCACUGUGGGCUGCGCGAUGGCUCACGCUUGCCUGUAACCCCGACGCUCCGGGAGGCUACGGAGGAUUGCUGGAGCCUACAAAUUUGAGACCAGACUGGGAAACACUGAAACUCUGUCCGUAUUUAAAAAAGAAAGGAAAAUUCUUCAUUGUAUCUGUGUAUAGGUAGUAUUUUCCAAGCGGAGAUUAGACUAGAUAAAAAAACAACCCCUCUUCUAGCAUUUUGGUUUUUUCAAAGUAGCAAACAAAUAUGCUACUCUUCAGAGGUGUUUCUUUUCAUUUUAGUAUGUCUGAAUACAAACCAUAUUAACUAAAAAUCUUAAAAAGAAACAAGCUACUGGUAACGUUUUUAUCCCUGGAUGGCUGGCUUGGGUGCAGAUGUUUGGAGACCUUCUAAAGACACCAUGCCACAAGAAGACUGAUCUCUUCCAGUGUUUUCACCAUGGAGGACUCUGGAAAGACUUUCAGCUCUGAGGAAGAAGCAGCUAACUAUUGGAAAGAUUUGGCAAUGACCUACAAACAGAGGGCAGAAAAUACACAAGAGGAGCUCCGAGAAUUCCAGGAGGGAAGCCGAGAAUAUGAAGCUGAAUUGGAGACACAGCUGCAACAAAUUGAAUCCAGGAACAGAGACCUCCUGUCAGAAAAUAACCGCCUUCGAAUGGAGCUGGAAAGCAUUAAGGAGAAGUUUGAAGUGCAGCACUCUGAAGGCUACCGGCAGAUCUCAGCCUUGGAGGAUGACCUCGCACAGACCAAAGCCAUUAAAGACCAAUUGCAGAAAUACAUCAGAGAGCUGGAGCAAGCAAAUGAUGACCUGGAAAGAGCCAAGCGAGCCACAAUCAUGUCUCUGGAAGACUUUGAGCAGCGCUUAAAUCAGGCCAUCGAAAGAAAUGCCUUCCUGGAAAGUGAACUUGAUGAGAAAGAGAAUCUCCUGGAGUCCGUUCAGAGACUGAAGGAUGAAGCCAGAGAUUUGAGGCAGGAACUGGCCGUGCAGCAGAAGCAGGAGAAACCCAGGACACCCAUGCCCAGCUCAGUGGAAGCUGAGAGGACAGACACAGCUGUGCAGGCCACGGGCUCCUUGCCAUCCACGCCUGUCACCCAUCGAGGACCCAGCUCAAGUUUAAACACACUGGGGAGCUUCAGACGUGGCCUGGACGACUCCACAGGGGGGACGCCCCUCACGCCUGCAGCCCGGAUCUCAGCCCUCAACAUUGUGGGAGAUCUACUGCGGAAAGUUGGGGCACUGGAGUCCAAACUUGCUUCCUGCCGGAACCUAGUGUAUGAUCAAUCCCCAAACCGAACAGGUGGCCCAGCCUCUGGGCGGAGCAGCAAGAACAGAGAUGGCAGCGACAGACGGCCAGGCAGCACCAGCGUGCCUUUGGGUGAUAAAGGGUUGGGGAAGCGCCUGGAAUUUGGGAAGCCGCCUUCACACAUAUCUUCGCCGCCGCUGCCGUCAGCCCAGGGGGUAGUCAAGAUGUUGCUUUAGGAAAACCACGGAAGCUGAAGCUCUUGGUGUCGGUGUGGGAGUCGUUACUAUUCGUCGUCUUUUUACACUAGGUUUUUAUUUUAUUGUAAGUUAGAGAAAUAAGAACCAGCACUCACCAUAGUUCACUUUGCAGCCCAAGCCAACGACAGGCCGUGACGUGUGCUCUGGGGUUUGCCCCUGGGAAACGUCUACUCAUCCCUGCCGGCCACUGUGUGCACUGUAAAGAGGGACAAACGGGGCUCUCUGGGAAGAGCCCUAAGGUGUCGGUGAUGAGGCUACCCUGUUUUUGUUUGUUUUUGUGCUUUGAAAUAAAGUCUCGCUCUGUUGCCCUGGCUGGAGUGCAGUGGCGUGAUCUCA